AUGGAAGCGCUCGAGACACUGGCCGAUGCACAGCCUCGAGUGGCGCGGUCGAUCCCGAAGCACGCCGCGGUUGACACAAGCCAUUUUGCGUCACGCUCGCUGGAUAACUGUCUGUUCGACGCACCGGUAUACGAUGCGAUGCUGCACAACUCGAUCAAGGUUUCUCUCAUUUUCAUCUUUUUCCAUUCGAGUGAUUUUUUUUUUCCAUAUGUGUUGAGCUUGACAGACCAGCAAAUCUUUAUUCAACCAAAAAUCAGGAAAAAAAAAACACUCAGCCCAACAUACGACUCCCCGCAGUUCUCAGCACUCCCCUGCAAACCAAAAUACAAAACAUGGAUACUGUCGGCUGCACCGCGGCUACUGUGGCGUUUUUUCCUGACGACCCGGUGCGGCAUUUUUUUUUUUUGGUACGCCACUGACGAAACCGACGCAAUACUGCUGUCCCACUGGUCAAUUUCGCCGUGUAUAAACAGGUCAUGUUGA